UUUAAUGUGCUUGGUUGUAUUGUAGUGGCUUCUUGUCUCCUUCUCACCUAAGGGCAUCUUCAUCUAUUCUAUGGUGACAUGGGAACCCCAUUCGUAUGCCGGAGAACUGGUUUACAAACCCUGGGCUCAAGGAGUCGGUUGGUUCCUUGCUGCAGUCACUGUUGUCCAGAUCCCCCUUUGGGGAUUUGCCAUCUUCAUCUAUCAUCUCUUCAAAGGGAAUCCGAGAAGAGCAUUUGUGCCGACAUCAGACUGGGGACCGGGAGACCCCGAGGCAAGGCAGAAACUUCUGGCUAUCCAAGGACAGUUUCAGAAUGGGUCCCGAAUAUAUUGGGCUUAUGAUAACCCUGUCGUGAUGGACUACAAUGGGUUGACCUACUGA